CGCACAGGCUCGAAACGGAGCUUUCUUGCUCAGUCUUUCUAGCGAGUCUUUCUCUCUGUGACCACGUAUAUAAUUACUGAUAUAUAUAUAGAUAUAUAAUAGUUAUUAUGAGAGAGUAAGAGAGGAAAAGAAAUCAGAACAUGGCACCUUCGUCUUCGUCUUCACCUUCACCUUCUUCUUCGUCUAAAUCACCACCUUCUCCUUCUCCUUCUAAUCAAGAGAUUCCUUCUGGGCCAAACCAGUCAUGUACUACAGUUACAACAACUACCCAUUUCACUCCUAUUCAAGAAGAAGAGCACGAAGAAGAUAAUGAAACCCCAGUUAGUAAUCAUCAUCAUCACCAUCAUCAUAAGGCUUGUACGGACAAGGGAACGACCCCGAAGCACAUACCGACUCCUCUUCAUCAUCAACAGCAGCAUAAAAAUGGGAAAAUCAGCUCCAAGAAACGGCAGGAAUCCGGUACCGGCGCCGGAGAUGAUGGAACGGUUGCUUGCUAUAAGUGCAGACCAAAUGCUCGAGAAAAGAUCUCUGUUGUUCCUGUUGACAACAACGGUGUGCACAGACAUAGUUCUUCGUCUAUGCCGAGCCCCAAUAGCAUUUUCAAGUCUAUUAUCUCGUCUUUGACAAGAAGAAGCCCCAAACCCAGCGACGGUUUUCCGUCGUCGGCGGCGGCGGUGGCGGCAAGAGAGGAUCAGUGGAAAAUUGCGGUGGCUGAACUCUCACAUAAGCUAAUUCAAGCCACCAGAAAGAGGGAUGAUGCGGUUCUUGAAGCUUCGAGGCUGAAAUACUCCAUGGCAGAGCUUGAAAAGAAGCUCAACAAGCUCGAAAUCUACUGCCGGAACUUGAAAACCGGGCUGGACGAGUGCAGCAGCAUCAAUAGUAACUCGUCGCCGUGUCAAGUGGGCAAAAUCCAAAAUCGUCAAAGUUUCAAUCUUUCCACAUCUAGAAACGAUGACAAGGAAGUUGUUGAGAAUUUUCUUGUGACUGUGUCAGAAGCUCGGACCAAUAUCAGAGUGUUGAGCCGGUCACUCACUAUGCAGCUCCGCCACAUGGGUGGAAAAGUAUACGACAGAAUAACAUCUCUUCUCCAACCAUACGACAUCAAAAUCUCCCUUUCGAAGAGCCCAAGAACCUUACUCAUCUACCUAGAAGCCUUACUGAACAAAUCAUUCUUCGAGGACUUCGAAUCAAUCAUGUUCCAGAAGAACUCAGCAGCCCAAGUCCUGAACCCAAUCGACAGAUGCGAGACAAACUACUCGUCGUUUAAACACCUCAAGAGCCUCACAUGGGAAGAGGUUUUAACCAAAGGAACAAAGCAUUUCAGCGAAGACUUCAGCAGGUUUUGUGAUAGGAAAAUGAGCGAAAUUGUGGCUAUGUUGGGUUGGAACAGGGCUUGGCCAGAGCCUUUGUUGCAGGCCUUUUUUGGGGCUUCAAAGAGCGUGUGGUUAGUCCAUCUCUUGGCCAACUCGGUUCACCCCAACUUGGGCAUUUUCCGGGUCGAAAAGGAAACCGGGUUCGACCCGGUUUACAUGGAAGACAUGGGUGGUGGUGGGGAUAAGACCAGGAAGUUGGUCCCCUCGGUGGUCCGGAUAAUGGUGGCUCCUGGGUUCUAUGUUUAUGGCAGUGUGGUUAAGUGCAAAGUCCUUUGCAGGUACCAAAACGACAAGAGUAGUAGUACUGCUGCUACUAGUAGUGGUGGUGGUAAUACCAAAAGUUCCAUCUUUUCUUCCCCACCACCACCUUAACUAGUCCUUUCUCUCUUUUUUUUUCAAGUCUUUUUGUGAAAUAUUUUUAAAAAAAUUAAUAUUAAAAAAAACCCAAGUGAGAAUAGUUAUUUUUAUAUAAUACCCUUUUGGCUACUUUGAUCUUGUGAUAAUGAUAUUGUUAUUAUAUAAUGUAAGUUAUGUUAGUUGUUUUAGGAUCAUCAAAGGAAAUUGGCAUUUUGUAAGAUUGACUUUGUUUGUUUUAUUCUUUGUUUGGUCAAUUCUAAAACUUUUUUCUGUUUA